CUAUUCUCUUGCGUCAUUAUGUUUCCUAGUGAAAAGUACUUUUAUAUUCAAUCUCGAAAAAGUGGUCUUGUUUUAUCUUGCGAUGGUCAGGAAGAAACAGGAUCAAAACUUGUCAUCAGACCCAAGGCUGAGGAUGAUGAAUCUCAACUUUGGAAAUAUGAACAUGGUUUCUUGGUCUGUAAAAAGACACUGCUUGUCAUGGAUAUUGCAGGAGGUGAUUUAAAGGUGGAUUCUAAAGUAUUACAAUAUAACCGCAAAAAGACCAUGACACAUAACCAACGAUGGGGAAUGCGUGAUCACUUUAUUUAUGCUGUUGCAGACCCAAGACUUGUGUUGAAUGCAAAGGAAGAAGAAGGUUCUAAUAUUGUGGUCUCUACUCGUAUCUUGGAAGACAAUGACCAUCAACAAUGGGAUAUUGAAGUAUAUCAAGAAGAAUAAUUCCCAAGUACACAGUGAACUGUGCACAUACUUUUUUACAUUUUGUAGAACCAAGAUGAUUUUUAUUUUUAUUUUUUUCCCUGUUUAAUAAAUUAAAAAAGAGAAUUCUCUUUUUUUUUUCUCUUUC